AUGACGCUGCUGGAACUCAAGGAGGACCGGCCCACGCCAAAGGCCGUGUACAACUGGCGCGUCUACACCACCGCCGCCAUCGCCUCCUUCGCAUCAUGCAUGAUCGGCUACGACUCUGCCUUCAUCGGCACGACGCUUUCUCUUCCUUCUUUUGUGGACGAGUUCAGGUUUGACUCUUACAGUGAGGAAGGGCUGGCACUGGUCAAGGCCAACAUCGUCUCCGUCUACCAAGCCGGCGCCUUCUUCGGUUCCCUGUUCGCCUAUAUCACCUCGUACUUCCUCGGCCGCCGCAAGUCCCUCUUCGUCUUCGCCCUCGUUUUCAACCUCGGCGCCGGCCUCAUGCUCGGCGCCAAUGGAGACCGCGGCCUCGGACUCAUCCUGGCCGGCCGUGUCCUCGCCGGUAUCGGUGUCGGCGGGGCCAGCAACAUGGUGCCCAUCUUCAUCUCUGAACUGUCUCCUCCCGCCAUCCGUGGCCGCCUGGUCGGCAUCUACGAGCUUGGCUGGCAGAUCGGAGGCCUUGUCGGCUUCUGGAUCAACUAUGGUGUCAACACAACCCUUCCGGCCAACCACGCCCAGUGGCUGAUCCCCUUCGCGGUCCAGCUCAUCCCCGGCGGCCUGCUCCUGUUCGGCGCCUUCUGGAUCAAGGAGUCGCCCCGCUGGCUGUUCAUGAAGGGCCAGCGCGAGGAGGGCAUGGCGAACCUCUGCUGGAUCAGGAACCUCAGCCCCAGUGACAUCUACAUCGUCGAGGAGGUCAGCUACAUCGACGAGGACCUCGACAGGUACCGCAGGGACGUCGGCGCCGGCUUCUUCAAGCCCUUCGCCGCGCUCAAGCAGCCCAAGGUGCAGUGGCGCUUCUUCCUCGGUUCCAUGCUCUUCCUGUGGCAGAACGGCUCCGGUAUCAACGCCAUCAACUACUACAGCCCGACUGUCUUCAAGGGCCUCGGUGUCACGGGCACCAACACCUCCUUCUUGACUACCGGUGUGUUUGGUUGCGUGAAGACAGUGUUCACCUUCAUCUGGCUCUUGUACAUGAUUGACAACUUCGGCCGACGCAACCUUCUCAUAUACGGUGGCCUGGGAGGCUCGGUCUGCAUGUGGAUCAUCGGCGCAUACAUCUGCGUGGCCGACCCGGCCGGCAACCCCAACACCUCGGGCAAGCUGUCCUCUGGCGGCAUCGCGGCCAUGUUCUUCUUCUACCUGUGGACGGCCUUCUACACGCCCUCGUGGAACGGCACGCCCUGGGUGGUCAACUCGGAGAUGUUCGACCAGAACACGCGGUCGCUGGGCCAGGCCUCGGCCGCGGCGUCCAACUGGUUCUGGAACUUCAUCAUCUCGCGCUUCACGCCGCAAAUGUUCCUCGCCAUGGACUACGGCGUGUACAUGUUCUUCGCCUCGCUCAUGAUCUGCUCGGCCGUCUUCGUCUUCUUCCUCGUCCCCGAGACUAAGUCCAUCCCGCUCGAGACCAUGGACAGGCUCUUCGAGAUCAAGCCCGUGCGCAAGGCCAACAAGGUCAUCAUGGAGGAGCUCAGGAUACACGACGAGGAGUUCAGGCGCAACGCCGGCGAUCUGGACAUGGGAGAGGAAUCGGACAAGGCUGGUGUCAGCCAGCUCGAGGACACGGACCUGAAAAGGGACAUGGCGUAA